UGUCAUCCUACAGCUUGAAAUAAUUAUGUUGAAAAGUUUUAUACGAAUUAAUUACGAUUGAAUUCAUUGACACGUAGUAUCAGUUGUUGAUAGGGUGCAUCAAUUCUAACAUCUGAAUACCUACUUACUUGUCUAAUUCGUCAUCGUUGGCUCGAAGUUUUUGAAACUGAUUCAAUAUGGUUGCAAAAAUGCUUCGUAAACCAACUUUCGAACAGUUUCUAAAUGAAGCCACAGAUAGUUAUCGAUUAGAAACAGAUUGGGAUGUUAUUAUGAAAUUAUGUGAUCUAAUUAGACAAGGAGAUGUUAAACCGAAUAACGCUUUGAAUGCCAUCCAGAAGAAAAUCUCUAACCCUAAUUCAGUCGUUGCUUUGUAUGGUCUCACUGUAUUAGAAUCCUGCGUUAAAAAUUGCGGUGCAUUAAUUCAAGAUGAGAUCAGUACGAAACAGUUCAUGGAAACGUUCAAAGAUAUCAUUAAAUCGUGUCAGAACGAGAACGUUAGAACCAAAUGUUUAGAUUUACUUCAAUCUUGGGCUUUUGCAUUUCGUAACAAUCCGAAACAUCGAUCAGUUCAAGAUACGGUAACUAUUAUGAAAACCGAAGGCUAUAAAUUUCCUACGUUUAAAGAAAGCGACGCUAUGUUUUUGGCUGAUACUGCACCUUCGUGGAAAGACGGUGAUCGGUGCCAUCGUUGUCGUACCAUGUUCACUUUAAUGAAUCGAAAACAUCAUUGUAGAGCCUGCGGAGAGGUAUUUUGUCAACAAUGCUCAUCUCAUAGUAUCACGUUACCAAAAUUCGGAAUCGAGAAAUCAGUUCGUGUAUGUGAUACUUGUCUAGAAAAAUGCCAGAAUAGUAUGAUCAGCCAUAACGACUCGGUUAUUGAUGGGUCGCAUCAGAAAACUAUCAGAAGUUCUUUUAAGAGCAGAAAAUCGUCUCCUUGGUCGAGUAUGACGUUGAACAGACCCAGUAGUGCGAUGAAAGCCGAGGAAAGCGAGUAUGGCACCAACACCAGUACUCCAACUCAGCCUCGUUCAGCGCCUAAAAAAACAGACGAAGAAUUGAAAGAGGAAGAAGAACUUCAAUUAGCUAUCGCUUUAUCGCAAUCCGAAGCCGAAUCUAAAACCAGAGCGCAGCCUUAUAAACCAGUUACGAGGUCUAAAUCAUUUUCACCGCCUGUAGUUCAACAUAAAUUGGCUGACAGUUUCGAAAACGACGACGUAGAACUAUCGCGUUACCUAAAUCGUACGUACUGGGACGCGAGAGCAUCGACCGGAGGCGAAAAAACUCGCGACAGUUUAGGCUCCGCGAAUACCGUAGGCUUAAACAACACCUCGCACAGCAACCUGAGAGACGAGAAAUCAUUACCAAUUGACAUGAAAUCCAUGAGCAUUUACGAUUACGAUACGAUGCAUCGCGAUAAAACGGCCAGCGACGAGAACGGCGUCGAAACGCCCGACGAAAUGGAGUAUUUUGUGAACACGUUGAACAACCAGGUGGAAAUAUUUGUGAAUAGAAUGAAAUCGAAUGCUAGUCGAGGUCGUUCGAUCGCCAACGAUACAACGGCGCAGAAUUUAUUCUUGAAUAUUACAGCGAUGCAUUCGCAAUUGCUGAGAUAUAUUCAGCAACAGGACGACAGUCGAGUUUACUACGAAGGAUUACAAGAUAAAUUGACCCAAGUUAAGGAUGCUCGAGCUGCGUUAGAUGCUUUACGCGACGAACACAAGGAACGACUUCGAAGAGAGGCUGAAAUCGCCGAAAGACAGAGGCAGUUACAAAUGGCUCAGAAAUUGGAAAUCAUGAGACAGAAGAAACAAGAAUAUUUACAAUACCAAAGACAAUUGGCUCUGAAAAGAAUUCACGACCAAGAACGCGAACUACACAUGAGGCAAGAACAACAAAUACAACAGUAUAGAUUAAAUAACACGUACGGUUCUCUGCCUUAUAUUCCUCCAGCUCAACCGAGUGGAGUAUCUGCCUUCGAACCUGUAGCUGUUUCGAUGCAGGCUAUGAAUUUACCAGCGAGUACUGCGAAUUCUGGACCUUUUGCAUCAUCGACGUCAUUUGCUGCACCUCAUUACACUGCUGGUCAAAACACGAUGCCUCACCAACCGCCUCAAACCGUAAUGAUGGGCCAGUCUCAAAUACCCGCCUCGAACGUCUACGCUCCCUCUUCGAAUCCAUUAAUGUCCGGCGCAUCCGGCGGUCCCGGAGGACCAGCGCCAUCUCAACCUCUCGCAACCGGUUCAAACGCCUCCAACGUCGGCGGUCCACCUCCACCACAUACCCAUCAAAUGAUCGGACAACCUGCCGCAGCAAAUCCGCAAUACGUAUCCAGUCCUCAAGCUACCGCCUUACAUUCCGGUCCUGGCCAUCACAUACACCAGCCUGCGCCUCAAUCCGGCGUCUACGUCGAUCACCAGCAGCCUGGUCCGGCCUCGGGGCCAGGUAUACACAUGGAUCAAAACUUACAGCACGUGAUGGGACCGCCGGCAUCGUCGACUAAUCGACCAGCCGGAUCGGAGCCUCCGCAAGGGCAUAUGCCAAGCGCAGCUCAACCUGUACCUGCGGCAGCUGCUUCUCUCAUGCAACAUACGAUGGGCAGAUCUGUGAUGGCGCCGCCGUCUUCGUCGCCUUUAUCGUCACCUUCGAGCUCCAGCGAGCAUUCGCUUAUACAACACGGUCCGCAGCCUGUACCUUCGGCGCCUUCAGCCACCAGUACGCCUCAGCCGGAGGAAAAAGAUGAAAUCGCCGAGCUCAUAUCGUUUGAUUAAUCGUCGUCGUCGUCGAACGUCUACGUGGGUUUUUAUACAUUACACUACUCUACACACUCGAUGCCAGUCAAGGGGUGCCCAACCAUAGACGCACGUGACAUAUCAACGUUUCCCGCACAUCGUCAUCAUCGUUUACCUACUUAAAUGACCAAUGAGCAAUGGGCAAUGGGCAGCUGGAUCGUUGGUUUGGUUCCCUCGAUGACGGAUUUGGUUUUCUUCUUCAUUCCUUACAGUACUACAUACAACCUCAUUUGCUCGAUAAUCAUCGUUAAUAAUUACACAGCAUUGAAAGCGAUUAUCAAAAUAAUACCUACGUUAUUAGUUAAUUUUUACGUAUAGAAAAUAACGUCGUCGCGGGGUGUUCCAAAGCGACGAUAUGAUACAAUUUUUGGAUAAAAAGGUUUGCUCAAAAGCGACCAAAUUUACUCGUAUGUGUAUUUUACUAUUUAAACGAAAAUUGAUAAAAUGAUGAAAAAAAAAUCACCGAUAUACAUACUAUAUUUACCUACGCUUUAAACAUUGUUUUUAUUAUUUCCUUUUCCUAUUUUUACUAUCGUUUAAUUAUUCAUUCUAAGUUGUUUUACUUUCGAAACUGAAAUACAUAACCAGGUUAAUUGGGUAAA